UUUACCUCAUGGUUCAGCUGAGUGGAGAUACGUGGAUACGUUUCUCUGUGUGGAUGGCUGUGGGCUUCCUGAUCUACUUUGGCUACGGCAUGUGGCACAGUGUGGAGCGCCAGCGCCUACUCCAGCUCUCUCUAAGCAGAGCGAACACAACCCAGGAACAGAGCAAGAGCAGCAGGGAGAAGCAGGAUGGUGUUGGUGCGGCAGGAAAAGAGCAGGAGCGUUUCCUCUCCCCAGAGAAGACGAGCCAGUGUUAAAGUUUACCAGCUCGGUCACAGACUCUGCGAGGCAACAGAUGCAUAAAAGCACACAGCAGCUCUGCCUUCAUGCACCUGUAUAUGCUGCUUCCCCGUGCACGCUUCAGUCACGAGCACAUUCAGCCCGCCAGAAAGGCAGCGUCAGUAUUCUACAUCAGGGUGACGGUCAACAUGAUGAGACCCCAUCCUGUACGCCACAUCCUCUUUCAUGGAGAGCAUGGAGGCAGCACAGAACUUACACCAGAGAGGGAUGUUCAUUUCCUUUAGCACUGAAGACUGCAGUGACACCUCUCUGUUUCUUAACGGACUCCAGUUUUUAAUGCAUGACACACUGUUUGUCUUUCCUGUCAGGUUUCACUCUGUGAAAUCUGUGCGAUCCUCUCAAAGGUCCAGAAUAUUGUUAGAUGUUUAUACAUCACUUAUAUUGUAUUGUACGUAAUGUUGGUUAAAGCACUUGUUUAAGGCAGAAACAGGGCCAAUGUUAUUUAUAGAAUAUUAGAACUGGUGUGUGCCUUGAUGUUGCAUAUGCAU